CCCCUCAAGAUCAGGCCUGGCACAUUAGAACAGCAUCUUGUACUUGAGCUGGGAAUAAAUCACCUCGCCCUUGGCUCUCGCCUCUGCAGUUCACUGCCUCUUUCCCUGGCCGCUUGACCCUUUCUUUAUCUAGUGGCCCCUCAGCAAUGAUUUCUAGAAUGCCAUAGGUCUUUGGCGCCUCGAUUUUUGCCCUGACUCCCCCUGGCUUCCAAGACCCUCUUUCAUCCAAGCAUGAGUUUGGCCCAUACCACCGUGCUCCUGUGGGCCUGGGGCAGUCUCCAGGCCUUUGAAAUCGUGGAGAAGGAGAGCGUUUUUCAAAGGACACCUUGCCCUGCUUUCCUGGUGUUUGAUAACGCUGCCUACCUGGCUGAUAUGAGCUUUGAGCUUCCCUGUCACUGCAAACCCGAGGAUGUUUCUGCUGUGGUCUGGUAUUACCAGAAGCACUUGGGGAGCAGGUACACCACGGUGCUCACAGACUUUGAUGGGCGGUUGCUCACCGAAGCCGCUCAUGUUCGCGUAGGCAGCAGCAUGCUGGUGCGAUUCAGCAUCCGCAUGUUCAGCCUGUUGGUUUUCCGGGCCCAGCCAGAGGACACAGGCCUAUAUUUUUGUGGCACCCGUGAGGGGGACUAUUUUUAUGCCUAUGAUGUGGACAUCCAGAGCAAUAAAGAAAUAGUGGCCAGUUUCAAGGACAUGGCCCAGGAGCCGUUGCCGGAUGAGUACUAUGGAGGCCUCCAUGUCUUUACCACCUUCUGGGAGUGGACCCCCUGUGACCGCUGUGACGUGCGUGGAGAACAGUGGCGCUUUGGGCUCUGCUAUUUGCAGUACCCUGACCUCUCGCCACGCUACAUUAAGACUCGGUCCGACGUAGUGUCCUGUGGCUCUCGGGCUGUGCCGUGGAAACUGCAUCUCCAGACCAAGUAUCACACACCCGAGCUGCAGUUUCAGAGCUGUCUAGUGUCCUGUCAGAAGAGGAACAAGACCCGGAAGGGUGUGCUGGCAAUCUACAGUUAUGUGUCCAAACUGGGCAGCCGGCCCUGGGUGCCUCAGGUUCCCAUUCAAUUCCAUCAGCAGAGACUGGGUCACGGCCUCAUCAUCUCCUGUCCCGGGGCCCGACCAGAGCAUGCCGUGGCCUGGGACAAGGACGACCAGCCCCUCUACCGAGCCCAGUACUUAAAAGGUGUGAACAGGUCCAUGAGAGUUUUCAUCGACCACGGCAACCAUCUCCACAUCCGCUUCACCCAGCUGAGUGACCGGGGCAUCUAUUACUGCUGGCUGCAAGGGUUAAAAAUCGCUGGCUUCCGGUUGGGCGUAAUAACCCGAGGGCGCUACCCAGCUUCACUCUCAGACCCAGAGACUCGCACAGCCAUAGAGCUCACCCUGAUGGGCUAUCUGUUCAUCACCAUCGUCUUCAUCACCAUUCACCUCUGUCGUUGCUGUUGCCAAUCUCCCUGUUGUCCCAACUUCUCUGCCCAAACCCUUCUCUAGCUGUGACGACCAGUCAUGUUACAAUAUGUUUGUUAAAUGAUACCAGACGCUUAUGGUGGGCACCUUGGGCUGGGACACGUGACAGGGUGAUGAACAAGUCUACUAGUUACAGUCGGCCUCCUGGUUUCAUGGGAGAAGCCUGG